UUCAUCGGCGGCCAGGACUCUCAGACCGAAGCAAGGAAGGAAGGUUUGGGGGGGAAACUUGAGGACAUGCGGCGUCUUCUGCAAACUUGUCGCCAACCAAACCGCGUCGGAGCAGAAAGAGGAGCGGAAAUGUUUGGACUGAAGUGAACAGAGGAGGACAAUAAGGAGCAGAAGAGGAGAAGAGCCGUUCACUUCUAUUGAUCCUUCAUCGAGGAGUCCUGCUGUGACGAUGCAGGCAGCUGUAACUGUGCUGAUCGUUCUCCUCAGCUUGGACUUCCUGUCAGCUCAGUCCCAAUCAGACCUGAGAAACAGCAGCAAUGUUCAGACUGGUGAAACUGGGCAGAAGACGAAGAAUCAGCCACACAUCAUCUUUAUCCUGAUCGACGAUCAAGGCUACAAUGACAUUGGUUACCACAACCCCACCAUCAAGACCCCAACACUGGACAAACUGGCAGCAGAGGGCGUGAUACUGGAAAACUACUAUGUUCAGCCCAUCUGUACUCCAUCACGAAGCCAACUCAUCACUGGCAGAUAUCAGAUCCACACAGGAUUACAGCACUCUAUUAUCAGACCCAGACAGCCGAGCUGUUUGCCUUCACACAUGGACACCCUGCCUGAGCGGCUCCGCGAGGCCGGAUACUCCACUCACAUGGUCGGGAAGUGGCACCUGGGCUUCUACAGGAAGGCCUGUCUGCCCACCAGAAAAGGUUUUGACACUUUCUUCGGUUCUUUAACAGGAAGCGUGGAUUAUUACAGUUAUAGGUCUUGUGACGGCCCUGGUUUGUGUGGCUACGACCUCCAUGACAAUGAGCGUGUAGCGUGGGGCCAGAAAGGAAAAUACUCCACGAUGCUGUUCACCCAGAGAGCCCGAAAGAUCCUGGAGAGUCACAACCUGACGGACAGGCCGCUAUUCCUCCUGCUUUCCCUCCAGGCGGUUCACACUCCUCUCCAGCCUCCCAAGUCCUACAUCUAUCCCUACCGAGACAUGGCCAAUGUCGCCAGGAGGAAGUUUGCUGCCAUGGUCUCCACGGUGGACGAGGCGGUCCGCAAUAUCACCUACGCCCUCAGAAAGUAUGGACACUACAGGAACAGUGUGAUCAUCUACUCCACUGACAACGGAGCCCAGCCUUUCACAGGAGGGAGCAACUGGCCACUACGAGGCAGAAAGGGCACUUACUGGGAGGGCGGCAUCCGUGGAGUGGCGUUUGUACACAGCCCUCUGCUAAAACGAAGGAGGCGGGUUUCUAAAGCUCUGCUCCACAUCACGGACUGGUUCCCCACGCUGGUGGGACUGGCCGGUGGCAACAUAAGCCAGAGCCAGGGUCUGGACGGGUUUGAUGUUUGGCCCACCAUCAGCGAGGGGAAGGAAUCUCCACGUAAAGAGAUUCUCCACAACAUCGACCCGCUGCACAAAUAUCUGACUGAAACCAAGAGCUCGGACAACAAGCCCACAAAGAAAGCAGCUGCAGUGAGCCCAACUAAAGGAGCAACGUUUAAAAAGCCAAAGAAGCAGAAGAAGGUUGUGAAGCAGAAACUGAAUAAAAAGUCAGGAUUCAAGUUAAAAGCCACCAAGAAACCGCAGAUCUUCACCCAGCCUGCCACAAAGUCUAAAAAGUCCAAACCUGUUUCCAAACUGAAGCAGAGAUCUGGCCCAAAAUCCAAACCAGCACCAGAAUCCAAGACUAAGCCCCAAUUCCAACACCAGCCCAUACUCUACAACAAACCAAAGAUCCAGUCCAGUGGUACUCCGUCAGCAUCAGGCGCCUUCAACCACAAAUCCAAAAGGACCACGUCACAGAACCACAACCUGUCCCAGUCCAGACCAGCUCAGAACAAAUCAAAGAAACAGCUCAAAGAGCAGUUCAAGCUAAAGUCCAAGCAGAUGUUCCUCCAGAACCAGAACAUAUCCCAGUCUGGAUCCCCUACACCCAGGCUUCAACCUGCACCACCUCCAUUAUGGGACACAUCUGUGCAGGCCGCCAUCAGGGUUGGAGACUGGAAGCUGCUAACAGGAGAUCCAGGUCAUGGAGACUGGGUCCCUCUGCAGAUGUUUCCCACUCUUCCUGGUCGCUGGUGGAACCUCGAGCGUUCCUCUGCGCCUCGGUACAAGGCCUCCGCCCACAAAAAUGUCUGGCUCUUCAAUAUCACGUCCGACCCGUUCGAGAGGCAGGACCUGGCAGAUCAGAGGCUAGAUGUGGUCCAGCAGCUGCUGGCCCGGCUCGCCUACUACAACCAGACGGCCGUGCCGGUAUACUUCCCUCCCGACGACCCCCGAGCCAACCCGAGCAGGCACGGAGAGACCUGGGUACCCUGGGCGGACGAAGAGGAGGAGGGGAAAUAUCAGGGAGUUUAUAAGAAAGGUAAGAAUGCCAAGAAGAAGAGGAAGAAGAAGUGCCAGCUGUGCAAGCUCAAAUCGUUCUUUCUGAAACUCAACACGGGGAUGAUGUCCAACGGCAUCUGAGGGGUCAGAUGAACAACUUUAGCUGUUGAUUUAAUAACAAAGACUUUAUUCAAGAUUUUUCUUGUCUUUGUUUUUCCUGGGUGGACAAAUAUUGGCAUCUUGUUUUGCAGAGUGUUCAUAAAGACACCAAUGAGCCGUCAGUCGCUCUUAUUAAACCUUUAAAGGGCCCGUCCUUUUAAAUAUUUGGGACUUUAAGUUUUAAAGACAGAUCCAUGGGUGCGGCGCGUGGUGUCGAGGUAGAGCGUAUGGACCACUUAUAGAGGCUAUGAGUCUUUGACGGAGUUCCUGACCCUGUGACCUUUGCUGCACAGCUUUCCCCUCUUCCCUCUCUGCCCAUUUCCCAUCCAAAUACUGUGAAAUAAAGGCCAGUAGUGCCACAAAAUAAAAAUAAAGACAGAUGAUGCAGACAUAUUUCAGAUGAUAUACAAAAAUUGAAUAUCAUGAAAAAGUUUAUUUAUUUCUGCAAAUCAGUUCAAAAUGAAACAUUUAUUUUGGUCAUUUUGAUGAUUAUGGUUUGCAGCUAAUGAAAACCCAAAAAUUUGAAUAACAUAUCAGACCUAUAAAAAUUUACCUUUUACUGCAGAAAUAUCUGCCUACUGAAGAGUACGUCCAUAUAAUCUACAGUAUAUGCAUC